CCACACCCACACACACACUAUCCUACCCCACACUGCCUUCGUCCCUCCCUCACUCUCCCUGUUAUCCAAAAUAUCAUUCAAAUUUCCAUUCGAUUUGGGUAGAAUCACUGAGGUCAAAUUCUAGCUAUGGCGGCUUGUACUUACUGAUAAAUCUGAAACUCUCUCUGUUCUCCUUCAAUGGCUCUCCCUCAGCAGCUCAUUUCAUCUCACAAACCCUCGUUAAAGCCUUGCAACGCUUACACCCCACGCUGUCCCUCAAACCCUAACGGUAUGUGUUUCCUUUAUUCUUCGCCGACAGGGCUCAAUCUCUGUCGCCGCAGAAGUGUCAACUCUCUCCGUUGCUCCGCUUCUUCUUUCUCCGAGAAGCACCACACGAACUCUCCAAAAUCAGGCGACGUUGUUGAGCUCCCAUUGUUUCCGCUUCCUCUUGUGCUAUUUCCUGGUGCGAUUCUUCCUUUGCAGAUCUUUGAGUUCAGGUAUCGAAUUAUGAUGCACACUCUGCUAGAGACUGACUUGCGGUUUGGUGUAAUAUACUCCGACUCCGUAUCAGGCACUGCCGAUGUCGGCUGCGUUGGGGAGAUUGUCAAGCACGAGCGGCUAGUAGAUGACCGGUUCUUUCUCAUCUGUAAGGGACAGGAGCGAUUUCGCGUGACGAAUUUGGUCCGUACAAAGCCAUAUCUGGUGGCGGAGGUGACGUGGCUGGAGGACCGGCCAUCCGGAGAGGAGGAUUUGGAUGGGUUGGCGAACGAAGUGGAGACAUACAUGAAGGAUGUGAUUCGGUUGUCGAAUCGGCUGAACGGAAAGCCGGAGAAGGAGGCACAGGAUUUGCGGAGGAAUCUGUUCCCUACGCCCUUCUCGUUUUUUGUUGGGAGUACAUUCGAGGGAGCACCGAGGGAGCAGCAGGCACUGCUGGAAUUGGAGGACACGGCGGCGAGAUUGAAAAGGGAGAAGGAGACUUUGAGGAACACGCUUAAUUACUUGAGCGCUGCCACUGCAGUCAAAGAUGUGUUUCCUUCUUCGUGAUAGUGAGGGGAGAUGUUUAACCACUGAAAGACGAGGAGAGUGAAGUGGAGGAAUGAGGUGUUUCCUUGUUUCUACAGCACGAGGUUAAUGAAAAAAUUGAAAUACCAGUUUGCAUUGGGCGAAUUGAGAGAUUCUAAGCUAUGUAUUCACUAGUCUUGCCAACCUACUUCUUGCCAUCAGACUUGCGGGGCAUUGCAAUUACUAGUCAAGGCAUGAUUCCGAGGCAUAAUAAUCUGUAGGUUUUAGAAUGUAGUAGCAAAAAAGGUUUCUCUUCAUAUUAUUGUCUUCUGUGCAUUUUGAUCAUAUGAACUUGAAGAAUGUUUGUGAUCCAAAAUAAUUGUUGUCGUGCCUGUGCCUGUGCCUUUAUUGAUACAAUCAGUUUACAAUGUAUCUUACCUGUUAAUGCCUUAAUGGUUGAAAAUCUUUAACUAUUGGUACCAGAGAAUGUCGCAAAAUGUAUUAUGAAUGUUGUACCGUUGUCUCCAUUCAGGAAAAAAAAGUUGUGAAGAUUGUACGAUUAA